CGCAACAAACAAUACUAGAAGCGUAAUUUUUGCUUAAAUGAGUGUUAAGUUCAAAAAACCCAUUUUUUUAGGUAAUAAUUUGUUAAAAUAGUGAUGUAGGGGGCGCCACCAUGCAUUUUGACAUUUAUUAGAAGAAAAUGACUUCGAACGCCAGGGCGUUCACUCAAAAAUUAUCAAAACACAAUGCCGCCGAUGUCCGUCGAAAUGUAGCGUGUCAUAAAGGCGGCGUUAUUUCGCCGUCGUCGUCCUCAAGCUGGGCUAACGACGUCGUGGACCCCAUCGAUUUCGAGGAGUUUCUAAGCCAGUAUCAGAACCUAAUCGACAGGGACCCCUUGCGAUCAAUUCUAGACGUGCCUCAGGGGGAUGUGGAGGUUGACGUUAUUGAACGUCCUAUCCGCACCUUGCACCCCAUCCUACCGGAAGAAAAACUUGAGACUCUGCCUCCUCAUGUGCAAGCCUGUGUGGAGUGUUACACCUCAAACUGGAAAGUUGUCAGAUACAACCAUAGGAAUCUCAGUAGCAGUGUCGCCACCAAAGCCAACCCUUCGAAAAGCCUCCAGCCGAGCCCCAAACAAGAAUUUGAAGUUGAUUUCCAACCCAACACUUUUGAAGCCACCAGUGAAUCAGACCUAACGUCGAUUUCAAGCAGUAGUCGGCAAAGCAUUGCUUCGUUGGUGUCCAGUUCAUCGUGUGGUGAUACUUUGACUCCUCGAAACUCAUGGGCGUCUCUGGACUUACGCCACUCCGCCGGGGAUCCACUCAUUCCAGAAAUAUUGGAACAGAAUGCGCCAGAAGCUUUGGAUCAGUUGAAUGAAAGUCGACGCCAGACUGAACGACAAGAUGGGUUGUUUGCCUUGUGUUCGAAUCUGGAUAAGGAGGCUGGCGAGCCCAUUGAAAGGCGGUUGCCGGCGGCGCCCCCGGCCGAGCCUUUGGGGCACAGGGUCCUCGUCAAGUGCCACCAGUUGACGUUGGACUUGGAAGUUGAGCCUUUGUUUGCAUCUAUGGCGAUUUACGAUUGUAAAGAACGCAAAAAAUUGUCGGAAACCUUCUACUUUGAUUUAAAUCCGGAAGGUUUGAAACGAAUGUUAGGAGGUCAUGUGCCUUAUAGCGACACCAGUACCCUCGCAAGGGGUUGCAUUUUCAACAUUACUAAUCCGUCUCCUGAUUUAUUUUUAGUCGUGAGGCUAGAGAAAGUUCUACAAGGUGAUUUGAAUGAAUGUGUGGAACCUUAUAUGAAGGAAGAAAGAAAUCGUGAUAAACUUAAGGCAAACGCCGUCGCCGUUUGCGAGCGUUUGGGGAAGUACAGACAGGCGUUUGCUUGGACGGGAAUCUAUUUAAUGAAUGUGAUAAACGGGGGAAACUCGUUAGAACGUGAAUCGGACAGGGAUUCGUUCAGUUCAAACUCGGCCACUAACAGUUUAGAUCGCAAAUUGGGGAGCAGUAGCUUGGAACAGUUACGCAGACGAGCCACAGACAUGGGAAGUUUAACACGAAGGGGUUCACUUGAACGCAGAACGGACAAAAGACGAUCAUGGUCACCUGACCAUUUAGCGUCCACUUUGGAAACUUUCCGACCGAUAACUUUAACCGUGUCUUCAUUUUUUAAACAAGAAGGUGAGAAAUUACGCGACGAGGAUCUCUACAAGUGCCUUCACGAACUCAAAAAACCCACAACAAUACUGAAAAAAUUGAAGUGCAUUCCGGCUACUUUGAAAUUAGAAAUAGCACCUUGUCCCGGAGAAUACAAAAAUUGCCUAACUACGGAAUUGAUAAAAUUGUAUCCGUAUCCCGAUGAUAAGGGGAGACCGAUCAAAGAAUUACUCGAAUUUCCGAUUAAGGAAUUGCUAGUGCCUCACUACAACUAUCGCAAUUUGUUAUUUGUGAGUCCGAAAGAACUGAAUUUUUCAAACAGGGCCGGAUCGGCUCGUAAUUUGGCUGUGAGAGUGCAAUUAAUGGCUGGCGAGUGUGAAAAUCAGGCUUUGUGCAAUAUUUUUGGCAAGUCUAGUUGUCCAGAAAUGACCAAUGAGGCCUACAGUGUGGUGACUUAUCACAGUAAAAAUCCCUUCUUUUACGAUGAAAUUAAAAUAAAACUGCCGGCCGCGCUAUCCGAUAAUCACCAUUUGUUAUUCACCUUUUAUCACAUUUCGUGUCAGAAGAAGGUGGAGCAGUCGUCAGUGGAUUCCCCAGUGGGAUAUACAUGGCUGCCUCUAAUCCGUGAUGGUCGACUGAUAAGUGGCGAGUUUUGUCUCCCGGUUAUGUUGGAAACGCCGCCUAAAAAUUACAGUUAUAUUCCCCCCGAUGUGUACCUGCCUGGUACCAAAUGGUUGGAUAACCACAAAGGGUUAUUUACAGUUCAUCUAGAUUCGGUUUCUUCAGUCCACACACAUGACCCAGCUGUUGAACGAUUUCUCGCAGCUUAUGAUUACGUCCAUACCGGGGUUAUACCCCCAAGAUUAGGCGAAGCCGGCUUAGAAAAUGAAUUAAGAGCGGCUCUGUUGGGUCUAGCUGGAGCUAAACCCGAAACAAUCGUCAAAAAUUUGCCGUUAAUUUUCGACAGCGUGUUAGAACUUUUGGUACAACCGCCACGAAUCUCUGGUCAUACUUUAAACAUUGGCCAAACCACAUUUGAGGCUUUUUGCUUACUGUUGGAGAACAUUUCGAAGCUUGAUUUACCGACUGACCAACACAACCGGAACGCUCUCCUCGCAACGUACAUCCAUUACCAAUGCAAUCUCCCCCAUCCACUUUCGACGAGUAAUCACAGUUCCCCCGACUGGGAGGAAGGGGUGCCUCUAACUCGAAGUAAUUCAAACCCGGACUUGGAAGUGGCCCACUUGCAACAAUCACGUGGUUUAGAUCGGGCUGCAAGUAUGCGAGUCCCUAAUAAUGAUCAAAUCAGUUCGAGCAUAAACACUUGUCAGAAGAUAGUCCAUCACGAGAUCGCUCUUCAAUGGGUGGUUUCGAGCGGCCGUAUUAAAGAUUUAGCCAUGCAAAACGCCUGGUUCUUGUUUGAAUUGACAACGAAAAGUAUGGUUGAACACUUGGCCCAUACGCGGAGUUUAGAUGCGCCUCGAAAAAUCCGUUUUAAUGAACAAUUCCUCGAUGAUAUUCUCUCAUUGGUGCACACGAUAACGGCUGAGAUUAUCUCGCAUUCGACUAGUGAUAUUAAAAGGGCGCAUAUGCUGAACGCCGCCCUUGCUUUCUUCUUCUUCGAUUUGCUGUCGUUUUGUGACCGAGGCUCUGUUUUCAACGCAAUUCGCUACUAUAAUAAACAACUACAAGCGAAGAUAAUGUCAAUGCAAGAUGCCGCGGUUUUAGUUGAGUUGAAACUAGAGUGUGCUAGGAUUGUGUGCAGUCAUGAGCAUUACGUUGCUUUGAAUUUGCCCUUCGCAACUCCGUUUAUGGUAACAGGACCGUCGGUAUCACCAAGUCCUAGUGUUACAAGUUCGACGAGUCAAAAUUCGUUUUUAUCGGGGCCUCCACCAAGUCAAGAAAGAGUGAGUACUUUUGCGGAGUUGUCGCCAGAGUAUCGGCAACAUCAUUACUUGACUGGGAUUGUUCUAACGGACGUUGCGAGUAUUUUACUCGAUGUCAGUAAACCGAAUUUGCACGUUAAAGCUGUGGAUACGAUAAAAUCGCUUUUGUCGUGGCACGACAGCGAUCCGAGAUAUUCAACACCUGAGGCUCGAAGACGUGUUGCAGCUCUCUAUUUGCCACUGUUGACCAUUGCAAUGGAUGUGUUGCCACUGUUGCAUCGCUGGUCGUCGGAUAAACCCGAUCGGUACUCGAACGAGGACGAAACUACGAAUAUCAACCAAACUGUGGCUUUGGCGAUUGCCGGGAAAGUCCCGCCAGUCACUUGCGAUAAUCUUCAAUCGACUCGCAAGUCGGGAAUUAGCGCCGAGGUGACCCGCAACCUCCUCACUUGCGUCCUCUGGGUUCUCAAAAACGUCGAACGUGAGUCGCUCUCUCAAUGGUUGGGUGAAUUGACCUCCACACGUCUUGCAACACUCCUCCACCUCCUCGACGCCUGUACAAGUUGUUUUGAGUAUCGACCACGUCGUCGGGCGCCUCCACCAUCGGGCUACGCCCACGCCCAAGUGUCUCAGGACGGUUUAUCGCUCUUGGAAGAUGUGAUUUUGGGUCAGGGAUCGGCGAGAGAAAUGAUGCAAAGACGCAAAGGUGGUAUACAAAAUCCCGGCUCAGGUGAAGUCAAGUUGAGAUGGAGGAAGGAACAAAUGGCCUACAGACCCUCAACUGAUACUGUCGAUAGACCAAAGGAGGAUUUGUUCCCUGAUGUGCAUUUGGAGGGACAUUUUGCCACGGAAGCCUCGUUUAUUAUUUUGGAUACGUUGGAGAGGUGUGUGGCCACGGUUGCACAGUGGGAUUCGCAACAGUACCUAGUUGGAUUGGCCUUGACGGUGCUUUUGCAUGCCUUGAGUAAAAAUCAGAGCACGACGAUUUUGCCGCAUUUGUUCGCAUCGCAGAGAAAUUUGGUGUUUAAGUUUCACAGUGCUCUCUUUGACGAGGAAAGCACCCACUGUGCCGACCUCUGCCUCCUACUGCUAAAACACUGUGGGUCUCAAAUCGCCUCUGUGCGUUCGCAAGCCGCCGCCUCUUUGUAUUUAUUAAUGAGACAAACCUUCCAAAUCGGAAACAAUUUCGCACGCGUCAAAAUGCAAGUUACGAUGUCUCUCAGUAGUCUCGUGGGCACUUCGUCGUCGUUCAGUGACGAAUCUCUCCGCCGCUCCCUCAAAACCAUUCUCGAAUACGGUGAACGAGACACCGAGUUGCAAGAAACCACAUUUCCCGAACAAGUCCGUGAUUUGGUUUUCAACCUACACAUGAUUUUGUCCGAUACUGUGAAAAUGAAAGAAUUUCAAGAAGACCCCGAGAUGCUUCUCGACCUAAUGUAUCGCAUUGCAAAAGGGUAUCAAAACUCGCCCGAUUUGAGGCUGACUUGGCUUGAAAACAUGGCCCAGAAGCACAUGGAAAGGAGUAAUCAUUGUGAAGCUGGGAUGUGUCUUGUGCAUUCGGCUGCUCUAGUCGCUGAAUAUCUUGUUAUGUCCGAAUCGUCGCCCCAUUUGCCGGCAGGUGCGGCGGCUUUGGAGCGAGUUAGCCCCAAUGUGUUGGAGGAAAGUGCGGUUUCAGAUGAUGUUUUGAGUCCUGAGAAGGAAGGGGGCUGUUUGGGGUCGCAUUUCACUGAAGCUGGGUUGGUGGGGCUGCUGGAACAAGCCGCGAGUAGUUUUCAUGUGGCGGCGAUGUACGAACCGAUGAAUGAUAUCUACAGGGUGCUGAUACCAAUCGCGGAAAAUAAUCGGGAUUUUAAGAAGUUGGCCAAUAUUCAUGGGAAAUUACACGAUGCAUACACGCGUAUUGAUCAAUUACAAGGAAAAAGAAUGUUCGGGACUUAUUUUAGAGUCGGUUUUUACGGCUCAAAGUUUGGUGAUUUAGACAGGGAGGAGUUUAUUUAUAAAGAACCAACUUUAACCAAACUUCCCGAAAUAUUUAGCCGGCUUGAAAAUUUUUAUGCCGAAAGGUUUGGCCCUGAAAACGUCAUUAUUAUCAAAGAUUCAAACAUUGUUGAUAUCAGUGCGUUAGACCCAGACAAGGCUUACAUUCAAAUCACUUACGUUGAGCCUUAUUUUGAACAAUACGAACUGCGAUAUCGUCAAACUCAUUUCGAUAGGAAUUUCAACAUCAAGCGUUUCGUUUACGCCACUCCGUUCACAAUGACCGGCAAAGCGCACGGCGAACUGCGCGACCAAUACAAACGCAAAACAAUCCUAACAACUGCUGUGCACUUCCCUUACGUUAAAACCCGAAUCCAAGUUGUAAAUCGGGUACAAAUCACACUAACACCGAUCGAGGUGGCGAUUGAGGAUAUUCAGAAGAAAACCACCGAAUUAGCAGCUGCCAUUCAGCAAGAACCCUCCGACACGAAAAUAUUGCAAAUGGUUUUGCAGGGUUGCAUUGGCACAACGGUUAACCAAGGACCGCUUGAAAUGGCUUUAACAUUUUUACCGAGCGAUGGGAAAGCUUUAACCAAACACCAAAACAAACUAAGGCUGUGCUUUAAAGAUUUUUGUAAAAAGUGUUCGGACGCUUUGAAGAAAAACCGUAAUUUGAUCGGACCUGAUCAAAGAGAGUACCAAAGAGAGCUUGAUAGGAAUUUUAAACGGCUUACUGAAAAAUUGCAACCGCUUGUUAAUCCGCAAAAUAUUACGAUUGUUUCGGCAAGCCCGCAUAAAUACCCCAAUAAUGAAUCAACUUAUUUAAGGUGGUAGGACGAAGACGCCGAUUAUUGGGUUAAAACCAACAUUUAUUUUAGUAAGUUAAGAACCAAAUGUACAACAAACAAUACUUUUCUAUUUAUUCAAUUAUUACAAAAAUAGUUUAGGUACUUAAUAAAUUACACUUAAUAAUUCA